AUGCAGCAACGCCGCAUUCAGAAACAACAUAAAACACGUCAAGAAGAAAUCGACACUUCCAAUGACCUUGAAGGUCUUGUUGUUCAGCAUUAUGGACGACAACUCGAAGUACAAGCCCUUUCUGUUCCUACUCAACAUCCGCAAAAACCCAUCGUCAAUGAAGGUGAUCCAGAGCCCUUUUGGAAACCGAUUGAAUUAGGCAGUGUCUGGCGCUGUCAUACACGAACCAAUUUAGAGCUGUUAGUGACAGGCGAUAAAGUUCAGUGGCAAGCAGAUCCAAAUACAGGUUUAGGUAUCAUCACUGCCAUUCACCCAAGGACCUCGUUGUUAACGCGUCCCGAUCGUUAUCAUAAAGUUAAACCUGUCGCAGCCAAUAUCAGUUUAAUCGUCAUUGUCUUUGCAACACUGCCUGAGCCAGCACCCACGCUGAUUGAUCGCUAUUUGGUGGCAUGUGCAGAUGCGGAUAUUCCAGUCCUUUUGGUGUUAAACAAAUCAGAUUUACUCAAAGAAAAUGAUCCUAUUUUAGAUCUCAUUAAAGAAUAUCAAGACUUGGGCUAUGAAGUACUGAUCACUCAGUCUGAAGGUGAUAUUAGCGAAUUAAAGCAACGACUCGACAACGAAACUGUUGCUUUCGUUGGGCAAUCAGGUGUCGGCAAAAGUACCUUGAUUAAUGUCAUCGUUCCUGAUGCAGAACAAAAGACCAAUAUUAUUUCUGAAAACUCAGCACUCGGACAACAUACAACCACCUCUACCCGUUUGAUUCGUUUUGGUGAAAAUGGUGCUUUGAUCGACUCGCCCGGCAUCCGGGUACUGGCGAUCUUGUUCUUUAUUUUUGAAGGACAACGCAGUGGUCGUAAGAUUUCACCACAAUCACUUGGUAUUUUAGUGAAGGCUAAAAAUGCGAUGUUGAUUGAUUUACGCGAUGCUAAAGAUUUCCGUGAAGGUCAUGUCAAGUUGCAGGAAGUGCUUUACAACAAGUCGGCCAUGCAGACAGCUAUCGUCUUGAUGGUGGUAUCAGUAACUGGAAAGCCCAAGGCUUGCCAUUAG